UGCACUGUAAAAUUUUAUGAUGCAGAUUUCUUUCCUCCUCGGCUAAAGUAAAACUUGCAUAGUCUGUUUGGCGAACUGUAAACACCACGAAUAAGCGAGUGCGGCUGCUGCGAAAAGUUUUAUCAGCACUUGUUUAUCAUAGUUCUCCCCGGUACUCCAAUGCUUUUCUGUGACGAAUGGACGAUCCUGGGCUGUCCAUGUUUUCUUUUCUUCUGAUGCUUAUUAUUCAAAAUUAUAAUUAUGAGGGUGUGACUCCAUUAUUACGGCUAAGCAAACAUAGAUCAACCAUGCAAUUGAAAUCGGACGCGUAUCGCCAGGUCAGCUACUUCCCGUUCUUGCUUGAUUCCAGUGUAACUUGAGGUAUAAAUUAGUGGGCAUUGUAAUGUAUAGGGGACGACCUUUCAAACGUUGUGAAUGCUAAUUUACAGCACAUGUCACAGUGGCUUCAAUGAGUACCAACUCAAAGAAAAUAGUGGUUGCGCUGGAAAAGACCUCGAAUACAACACUGCUGUCGCUAAACUUAGAUUCUAAGCAUUCGCGCGAAAAAGGAAGUACAGUUAUAGUUAAGAAUAACACGAUAAGCAUUAUGAGGAAGUGAUUUAACCAUGCACUGUUGUUUUCAGAAUGAAAUCACCGUACUGUAAAUUUUGCCCUUAUCUGGAGUUGUGCACAUGAUGUGUUCAAUCAGUGUUUGCCACGUGAUGUCUCCCUUCGUGCUUUAUCAACUUGUAGCACACCGAGUGUGCAACAGGUGGUGGGUCCAUAAAGAAAACUGCCGGCGUGUCUUCUUUUAUCUAGGCUCGGCGAUACGGAGUUCGAGCCUCCCGCCCGGGUACCGCAUACCGGAUAUCCGGGUUUGCGCUUUUGGUACCGCGGGCCCCUGUAGCUAGCUGUUACGGGGAAUUGGGACAAUUACCAUUAUCCAAACGAUUGUCAUGUGCGCCCGUUUGAAUCUGACUACAUGUAAUAAACUCGAGAUUUACAUUCAUUUCACUGGGAAAGUUUCAUCAGGGGCCGGAAUGGGGAAAAUACCGGUUUUCCUGUUUGAUUUUAAUGUGUGAUUUUUCACCCUUUGGAUUUCAUAUUCUGCGAAAGGUAUUCUUUUAAAGUUGGUGCUCUGACUUGGGAAAAUCCCUUUUUUGGAUACCAAUUCUCUAACAAACAUAUGGGGGUAUCCUCAGCAAUAUUCAUUGUAAAUUGAUCCCAAAACGACAGGUGUUUUUACUUAAUUAAAAUGGCCUGCCCAAACACAGCGUGGUGGUAAUGCACAUGUGCUCUUUCCAAGUUAUUCCAUUAGAGUACAGGUCAUAUUGUGUCCAUGUGCCUUCGUCUGUUCGAUUUAAUAAAAUUGCAUAUGCCGCUUUUUUAGAUCAAUCGCGUCUCGAUUUGCUGUAAAUAAAUUGCACUUUUGUAGCAUUUUGCAUCCGUAUCAUCGUAUUUUCGUUUUAUGGUUGCUGACAAAUAUUGCCAGUCAAAAUUGUAGACAAUAUAAAAUAGAUUUCAGUGUAAAAUGUUAUUUUUCGAGCAUUGAUUUUUCCCUUUUGAAUCCACAAGAAUAGACUUGCAAGUACGCACAACUUGGCUUUGCCCUGCUGUCUGAGAAAUGUAUCUUAAAACAGGGGACUAUUUUAUGGAUGAAACUAUUAGAGCUUUUGUUCGCCUCUCUGAAGCAGUCAGCCAUAGUUUAUUUUUUGCUCACUUCUUCGUGGUACAAAUGAAUUUGACUGCUGUAAUUGGUUAAAGGGGGAAUUUAGUCGCCCAAGACUGAUGCGUAUGGAUACUCAUGGGGGGAAACUUGAAUGUUAAAUCUAUCGUUGAUCGAUGCAUGGUAAAUAUGCGCGCACUUUAAGCGUGAUUGUAGACGCCCACUUACGAUUAGCGAGUGACGUGAAUGAGUCGCGAAUGCCCAUUUUCAAUAAGUAGAUGAAUUAAUCACGGUAUAAUAAGUCAAUGUCUGACAAGAUGAUCGUACAACUGUUAUGCAACUAUCAUCACAGGAGAGGUUAUCACCAAUGUGAUUGUCGUGUAAACGCACUCGAAAAUGAAGAUUCCCAGACGAAAUCCCAUUCGAAUUUCCCACACAUCCCAACUUGAAUCUGAAUGUGGCUUAGUUUGUAAUCAUCAGCACCUGGUACUGGGAGUAUGUACGCAACACCUAUCCAUUGAUGCGUGCCCUUGGUACAUGCGCACAUCGAUCUCAGUGCAGCCGUACAUACGUCAUUGCGAAAUUAUCACUGUCCUGGCAAUUAUGCUAAUUAGUCCCGUCCAGCGGGUGUGAAUGAAGUAGUAUGGGUUGAGUGUGCAGCGCCUCAUGUGCCAGUGUGUCUGUUGGACUGUGCAGACGCGUUUUACAGCGUUAGAAACCUUGAGCUAUAUUUUUGUUUCAAUACUUUUGGGUGAACAUUUUGAAAUUGGUCGCGGGAAAACCCACACAUCGUGUGACGAUCCGUUUUUUGUUCGUUCGUGACCGUGACAUCAGCAACAUGUUAACCGGGAACACCCGUGCGCCUUCACCCGCCGAGCCCGCAGCUUCGAGUCAGUCGGAACAGUUCCAGCCUCAGGCUGCACCGCCAAACAAAGAUAAGCCCGGGCCCGGGCGUGUCUCCACCCCGAUCACGGUGAAGUCUGAGUUCCCUGCGGCGUCGACCGACCAACCCAUGGAUCAACAGCCGACCGUGCCUAGUACGCCGACACCGCAGGUUGCAGCCGGACUUGGAACCAAACUCAAAGGAAUGGAAGCCAAUGUGACGCUAUGGCAGUUCCUCUUGGAGCUCUUGAUGGAUAAGAACAACGCCCAUCUUAUUACCUGGACCGGCAACGAGGGCGAGUUCAAGCUGAACAACUCGGAGGAGGUUGCCCGCAUGUGGGGGCUCCGUAAGAACAAGACCAACAUGAACUACGACAAGCUCAGCCGCGCCCUUCGCUACUACUACGACAAGAACAUCAUCAAGAAGGUCAUGGGUCAGAAGUUUGUCUACAAGUUCGUCUCCUUCCCGGAGAUCGUCAAGACGGAGAACAAGAUCCCAUUCCGAGUGAAGAUGGAGACGCUGGACGGGCCGCCCCCAGCAGCGGCGGCCUCGACGGCCGCGCGACCGCAGAGCUACCCGGGGAUCACGGUGACCACGGCAGGCAGGAAGAGUCCGGCCGACAUUCAUCACCAGCUCCACCAACACCACCGCCAUCACCGGGAGUCGCCCAGGUACGUGCCAAGUCCGCUGGCACGAUCGCCCAAGCGCGCCACCCCUGACACGCACGAGACGGCACUGAAUUUAAAAAAGCACAACGCUAGCGAGGACCGCGAGGAACCUGGAGCCCAGGAACAGAAGCAGUGGAGCUCGGCAGCGGGGCUGAUCGCCGGCAGCGGCGGCAGUCACCAUCACCACCGAGGAGGCGAGGACGGUAGGAUAACGGCCAGCCCCAGGCCCAUGCCGUCAGGUAGCGGAGCCGGCUCGGAGGCAAGGCUGACUGUCGAGCCCAGCCUGGUCACCAGUACCGGUCGGCCUUUCACCACCGUCUGCACCCCAAGCACCGCCACGGUCACCAGCAGCUCGACCAACAGGCCCAAGCCCCUACCCAUCACCACCUUGCAGACGCCUAAGAGUGACUUUUACUCCACCACUAUGCCUACCAAGAUGUCCUCGUCCAGCCCGUCUUUUCUUACCACGAACAACGGGCUGACGGUGCCGUGCUACGGCGGACCGCACACCCCUUUGCCCGGAACACCAAUCAUGGUGGCCAGCCCCUUAUUCGGCCAGAGCGGCACGCCCUUGGUACCACUCCAUUUCUGGAGCACGCUGAGCCCUCUUGCUCUCAGUCCGUCUGUGAGUUCCCAAAUGAACACAUUCCAGUUUCCCGCCAUUAUCAACGGACUAACCGGUACACCUGUGUCAGUGUCUGGCAUGAUGCCCAUCCACACUCCCACAGCUGUGGUUUUCUCACCAACGACGACCAAACCAAUUGUUGUGCCCUAAGCCGCACAGAAUUGAACAGUUAGCUUUAAAUCGCGAUAGCUCAACCAAUCAUCAAUCGAUCAGUCAAUCUCGCCAUGUCCGGCCAAAGUUUCAAACGAUUUCCCGAGGGCUCCUGGUCUUAAUUCAAGUCGGCUGUUCCGGGCGAAAUUACUUGUUUUACAAAUCCCAGCAAGCUAGGGCAUAUUACCACGCAUAAGUUACAUACGUCAAUGUGCCGAGUCGUUUAUGGCGACUGACACACUAACAACCGACUUGAAUUAAGUCUAGUAAAUAAAGGUUCCGUUUAUAUUUUGGAAAUAACCAGCGGUUUUUGGCAGGUCGGCAGGUUAGGUGGGCAUUUGGUCGAAAGUACACAAGAUCGUCUAAACUGCUGUGUACAUGUAUAUGUCGGCUUUUCAUGUAAGAAUUCUGUAAUUCUCAGUUGGAAAUUACAGUCGUCUGGUUGCUUUCUAGAAUUUGUUCAUUUCCAACAUCAGUUUUCUAUGGUGAUUUCCAUAAAUAAAAAGUAUUGUAAAUAACUUAAUUUGGCUGUUGUGGCGUAUCGUUUAAUUAGGGUGGUAACAACGGUACAGGCAUUUGGAACUGUAAAUAAAGGCUGUGCCUUCAAAACAUUUCGAGGAAAAGAGGGAGAGAGAACUAUUUUUGCCAGGAUAAGAUGACAUUAUAUUUUUGUAAAAAUGUGAGUUGGCUCGAAGGUCCUGUUUAGAACUUGGACAUGUUUUUUGUUCAUUCCGGAUGCGCUUGUAUCAGUUUCGGAACUGUCCUGACCCCGGAUUUUAGGGUCACACAGAGGUAUAACACUCACACGCAGGGACUUUCAUAACUCUAGAGGGGUAUUUACCGUCGGAUUCCCGCCUCCUCCACUCUCAGUUUUUCACGAAGUCCUUCCGCAUUGCCGAGUGUAUAGCCGCGUCCAAAUCACUUGGGUGGAGCUGGAAAUGGCAUGACUGUAUGGGAACUGGCUGCACAGCCACUGCUGUAGACUUCUGUGCAAUUUCAAGCCGUAGCCUACAUGUUUAUUCGGACACGGCUGCGAUGCACCAAUAUGAACGCUGAUACUAGCCGUGCCUGCUCAUAUACCGAGAAAAAAAAGAGCCAAUCCUUGCACAAAGUUUUAUAUGCGAGCAUAAACUGUAGACCCAUUUGUUUUAUAGUCUUUCCUUUUUGCUCUAACCCCCAAACCAAACCGACCCCGCAAGAGCACCAAAUCUGAAUUUUGUUGCCACUGACUGUUUGGGACGCCUUGGUUUACAGCUCCAAACAACACAAAUCAAAAUUUUUCUUAAACAGCACCGUCAAAUUCACUGGCAAAGUUUUUCGCUUGAUGUUAGUGUUUCCUGACUGUUCUGUUUUUAAUUUUUGUAUCACAUUUUUAUUGUGAAGGAUAUUGGCAACAUGCAUGUAAAUCAAACUUUUUAAUACCUGUCAGACAUUCAAACUUACGUCACCAUUAAGCUGUUCAUAAACACUAUUGUGAUAUUAGUUGAUGAGUCGAAAGAUAGCUGAAGUUAUGAGACUUAAAGUGGAUUAUAUAUUACAUUGUUUGCUCGUCCAACAUUGACAUAAAUAAGGUCGUUAGGUUAACACGGAUGUAAGGGAAGAAGAGGGAAACAGAAUGGGUCCGGAAUUUACGGCGUCAGAAAACACGAUACCUUGAUAAGAGAAUGUGAUAAACAAGCAGCAUUAUUUUAUCGCCUGGAAGAGAUGAGUAAAAAGGGAACAAGAAGCGCAAGAAAGCAGUUUCGUUUUUGUUUUGUUUUAAGAUAGUAUUUCACUCGCAUUUCCCCUUGUGGGGACAAGCAAAAAUGUCACGUGAAAAGGGGGAAUUUCCACAAUACGGUUGAAUGUACGAAUUCGCCAAAUUUGCAGAGGUACCAACGGAACGAGGCUCUGACCUCGUUACCAUAACUAGACCCAUGCCUGUUCGUAUUGUCUUAGUCCAUGAGCACAUUAGACUGUCCAAUGCAUUACUUGUCAAAUGAAAUAGAAACAGAGUUUCUUACAUGUCUCGGUGCCCUGAUAUUUUUGCUUACCACCAAAUUGAUUAAACGUUUUCUCCAAGGCAAAGUUGUAUUGUGCCGAGACAAACCUCUCAGUCGCUGUAGAAAUAUUGCCAAACUUAGGCCAUAUUUGAGCAUUUUGUUGUUUAAAAGAAAAUUGUCUUCGUUUCAAGUUUCUAGCUUUCCUAAACCAUUUGUAUGCAGAAAAAUCGCUCCUUGCCUUCAAAAUUCCAAAGUUGAAGAAAGCCGCUGUAUUAUAGUCGUGGGCCGAAUUUAAAGCAGAUCUUUUUAAAAAUGACCAAAUUGGCCAAUUUUAUGUUUGUAAUAUUGAAUUUUUUUUAUAACGUGUCUGUGUAUAGAACUCCGUAAUCUUGUGCGUUUACAGUUACUCUGUAAGUUUGGUAACAAAGAUGUGUUGUCUUUCACGCUGGACGUGGCUUAUAAUUAUAUUGAGGAACUUUAUUUUAUAAUUUCUAAGUUAUUUUUUCGUCUUGAAGUUUGAUGUAAAACAGAAUUUAUUUGUGAUGUGCUGUUUCAAUCGUGUAAAACAGAGUCUAAAAAUAAAGAAUAGCUUUUAUUGAAUCUGGA